AUGCUAUCCCGUUGCUGCAGUAGGUGUAGUAACUGGGAUGUACAUACAUUCUUCGUUCAAAUGAAAAAAAAUGCUGACGUCCUUAUAAUAUUAUUGAGUGCGAUCGGAAUGUGGCUUUCUUCAUUCCCAAGUUGUUCACAGUCAAUUAAAGUUACUAAAGACAGCUCUUCAUUCGACGCACUCUUUAACUCGGAGUCAAUUAUCCGUGAUUUGGCUAACAGCUCCUAUAAAAUGGACUUCAGAAAGUCGGGUCCUGUGGUCGGUGUACUUCUGUACGCUAACUGGGAUGCAGAUUCAAAUAAGGCGAAAUCGUCUUUUGAAGCUGUUCAGAACAUAAUUCCUUAUAAUAUCUUCGCUGUUAACUGUGGCUUGAAGUCAUCUUUAUGUGCUCGAACAGAAACAGUGAGGCUUUUUCCUCAACUGAACGUCCACACGUCUCCGACAGCCGUAUUUCACUAUUCGGGUCCCUUUACUGUCAGACAUCUUUUAAAUUCGUUUCGUCUUAUUGGCUCUCCGAUGAAGGCAGUAAAUAAACUCAGUGAUUUGCUUUCACUAAUAUUAAACCACAAGGUGAUCGUUUUAGGAUCUUUCAAUUUCCAUUGCGUGCAGAAUAUGUCAGACUUUAAUCAGUUUUAUCAAACUUCUGUCGCAACUAGUGAUCUUGACACUUCUCUUCAAAUGAACAAAGAUAUUGUUUUCUCUCUAUCAACAAUCCCACAAAUAUGUCAUUCGAAUGCUACUGAUGCAGGAACUCAAAUUACCCUUGUUCUUUCUUGUGGAAGCAAAACAUACUUCUAUGUUCACCACAUCAAGCGUUUUGAGAAGAGUAAUUUACUACACCUGCUGUCUCAAAAGGUUUCGGAUUGUCGAAAACAUGCUACUUCAUGUUUUAACCCAGUAGACAUAACACCUUUAAGAAACCGACGCUCCAAUUUAUGGAGCAGUAUUUUGAGAAGAAACCCCAUACUUCUGUUAAUUGGUCCUCAUUUGACCUUGGCUGAACCAACGGACCUACCACUUUACUUGUUGAAAGUAUUGAAACUGUCUUAUCUUCCGCAUGAAAAGUGCCACAGUUUUGUGAUGGAUCCGUCAUUGGGGAAUUUCAAAUGGAAUUUGUCCACUAAAGAUUCAUUGGAAGUUCUUAGUGAAGGUGCAGUUUUAGCCUCACGCAAGCGUUGUAGGUUGGCGGCUAAUUGCCCCAGGUGGUGGGCCUUCAUCAGUUCUCAUGCUGGGAUCAGAAGUGAAAAUAUCUGUGAGCAAAAAGAAAGCCUUUCUGGCUCUGGAUAUAAUUUACAAGACCACGCAAAUAACCUUACUCAAGGCGGUAAGAUUAACUCAACCUUAUCAAGAAUUCUUGGUUUACUUGGAAACAACACAAUAGCAAACGAUAUUAUCAAACAGGCUGUCAGACUAAUGUAUGAAAUUUCUCUGUAUGAUACACAAAAUACAAUGAAUUUUUCAUCAUCUCUACCUAAUAAUUAUAAUGGAAUUGAUGGGCGAGUUGUUGUUGAACAGUUAAAUUUUAUGUGUUGUCACUGGUAUCAUGUUGAUCUUUCAGUGAACACCGGUGAAUCAUUUAACAAUGAAUGUCAAAAUGAUGCAUUGCACACAGAUAUAUCUUACGAAAAAUUGAAGAGUUCAGUUGCCUAUGGUCUGGGUUGUUCAUUCAAUAGAACAUUAGAAUUUCAUACUUUGGAUUCAUCCUUACAGCCAACAUUAGCUUGGGAAAUUGGAGGAUAUUUACACAAUUCUAAAUGGCUUGGCUCUAAUCAGUUGGGUGCUGCGAUUAUUGAUAUGCAGAAUGAGAAUGUUUUCCGCCUGGAAGAAGCCGUUAAUUUUCAGUCUUUGAGUCGAUUUAUAUCAGGAUUUCAUAAUUCAACUCUACGACCAUGGUUAAGGCAUUCGGGAAAAAAUGAUGAAGCUUCAUUUAACUAUUCACGUACUAGCGAUACUCUUGUCGUUGAUAUCAAACAUCCAAUACAAUUGGAAAAUUUGAUUGAUCAGUCAUUCGACUUAGGAGAACCAAGGAAAAACGUGAUUUUACUUUAUUAUUCAACAACAUGCGUAUACUCAUAUGGUGGAAAUAGCGCUUUGUGGCAGUUUGAGGCAGCUGCUCGCUUUUUCGAAUCGAAUCACCACCUUUUGUUUGCUAAAGUGGAUGUAUCGAAAAUGGAUCUUCCUUGGCAUUUAAGAGUUGAGAAUAUCCCGUGUAUAAUAUUUUUUCCAGCAAAUAGGUCUUCUUAUUCAUCUGUCUUUCCUAUGGAAUCUAUAAGUUCCACUGAUCUCUUUACCCAGUUAGUAACUUUUGUACAUGAACAAAUUAAUCACGAUGAAUGUGGUCAUGAACAAGAGAAAAUGAGUCGAUUUCAAAACAGUUCACGUUUUGCUGCUGAACUUACAUCACAGUUAUUAGAGAGUAUGAAGUCAAAAGCAUCAGAUGAAUUGAUUCAGUUGUUGCACGAAUCACAGAACAUUUGUAAUACACAAUCACUUUCUUAUUCAAAAACUUUAUGUUUAAGUGGUAUACAAAAAGCUGUAUUCAUGAAAUCCCAUGGAUAUCAUAGUACACAAUCAACUUCUACAAAAAUGUUAAACUCACUUGAAGAAAAAUUGAAUACGUUAAAUGAUAAAAUUACUCAAAAUACACUUCCCUUUUGUUUGCUAACAUAUAAUCAAAAACAGUUAAUAGUACAGUCAAUUAAAGUUUAUUCCAAAUUGUGGAAUAUUAUUAGCAAACACAAUGCUCAGAUUGUAGAUAAACUGAAGAUUUUAUCGAAUUAUUCAUAUUUAGAAUUGUAA